AUGGCUGGACUGCUCAAACUACCUGGCACGACCGCCGCCUCGAAGGACGGUUACGCUUCGCUCGACCAGCCCAUCAAGCAGCACACGGUUUCCGCAGGAGGCAUCAAGGAUGUUCCUAUCGAGCUAGGCGACCUCGCAAACGACGUGUAUUUCGACGAGGUCGCCCGCAUUCGUGACGCCAUUCGCGCGCUAGACGACACGAUCUCGACGUUGCAGACGAAGCAAGCCUACUCGCUCCAAGCGCCAAGCGAAUCGCUCGCCGUCGAGAUCACCACGCUCUCCUCGAAACUCUCGCAGGACAUCUCCUACCACCGGUCUCGCAUCGCUGUGCUCGGCCAGCAAGUCGGGAAGGACGAGGCUCGUCGUGGACACUGGGAGAACCUGAAGGCGGCAUUGCAGCGAAUGGUCGAGAAGUGGCAGAGGGCGGAGCAGGCGCACCGAGAGAAGGUGAGGGACAAGAUCGGGCGGCAGAUGCGCAUCGGCGAGUCCCUCAACCCCGACGUGACGGACGAGGAAGUCAAGCAGGCCGUCGACACUUCGGCUGGGGCGCAGACGCAGGUCUUCCAGCAGGCCAUCAUGGGUGCUCGCUCGGCAGCGGCAAAGUCAGCCUUGACCGAAGCCGAAAGCCGGAGGAGUGAGCUUGUCCAAAUCGAGGAGACGCUCGUCCAGCUCGCCGCCCUCAUGCAGCAGGUCGCCGAUCUCGUCGUUCAACAGGAUGUCCAGAUCACGCACAUCGAGUCGACGACGGCCGGCGUCGAAGCGGACGUCGAACAAGGCGUCAAACAGAUCGGACUGGCAAAAGUUUCCGCUGCCGCUGCGAGGCACAAGAGGAAGAUGUGUGCGGCGUUCGGCUUCUUGCUGCUGUUGGUCUUGAUCAUAGUGGUCGUUAUCGAGGUGAAGCAAGGCAGCGGAGGCGGAGGAGGAGGGAAGGAAGAGGUCAAGACGGAAACGGUCAGCGCCGCCGCAUCAGCGACAUCGCAUGCUGCGAGGUAUCGGUAG